AUGGCGGAAGUAUCAAAGCCUGUCAACACAACAGCAUACAAGCCUCAUCCGACUGAGACAAUGAAAGCAGCUCUCUGGACGGGUACGAAAUCAAUCGAGCUGGGUGUCGUCCCGAAGCCGACGAUCACUGCGCCCAAAGACGCCAUCGUGCACAUCACACACUGCACCAUAUGCGGCUCGGACCUACACAUGUACAAUGGUGAUAUGAACAGUGUCAUGGAAAAGGGGUUGAUCAUGGGCCACGAAGCUAUCGGGAUCAUCGAGCAUGUUGGCCCUGAAGUCAACGACUUGAAGGUGGGAGAUCGAGUCAUCAUCCUGCCUGUCAUUGCAUGUGGAGAAUGCUCCUACUGCAAGCGCAAGGAGUUUUCUCUUUGCGAUAAGACCAACCCCUCGCAGGAGUUGGAGCAAAUGUACGGACAUCGUCUUUCGGGCAUUUUUGGCUACUCCCUGAUCACAGGAGGAUACCCAGGCAACCAAGCUGAGUACUGUCGCGUUCCCAAUGCCGAUCUUGUCUGUGUUAAAGCUCCAAAGGACAUCCCGGCUGAAAAGCUGGUCGGUCUUGCGGAUGUUACACCUACUGCGUGGCACGGCAAUGAGCUUGCAGAAGUGCGCAAAGGCGACGUUGUUGGUGUCUGGGGUUGUGGCGCAGUCGGUCUGUCCAUCCAACGUUUGGCGAAGCUCCGCGGGGCUCGCAAGGUGUACGCUGUCGACAAGGACGUCAACCGACUCCGGAUUGCAGAGUCUUUCGGCAUGAUUCCCGUCGAUGUGAACAAACACUCCAACCCGGCAGAUUACAUCCUGUCCAUUGAACCACAUGGCCUAGACCGCGGAAUUGAAGCAAGCGGCUUCAGGAGUACAAACUCGGUCGCUCAUGCCACCAUGAGAAAGCUGGGCAUCGAGGGCGAUAGCUCAGACACCGUGAGCGCGGUGAUCAAGGCGACACGCAAGGGUGGAAACAUUGCUUUGAUUGGUGACUUCUUCUACUCUACCAACAACUUCCCGAUCGGAAUGUUGAUGGAAAAGGCCAUCACUUUGCGCGGUGGGCAGCUAUAUGCUGAGAAGUACUUCCCCUACCUCCUGGACCUCGUCGUCAAGGGCGAAUAUGACCCCUCUUUCAUGUUCACUCACAAAGACAAGCUCGAGAACAUCUCGGAGUGCUAUGAUGCUUUCUUCAACCACAAAACACCCGGCGGGCUGAAGGUUUGCCUCUCAACUGCUUUUGGUCGAGCCCAAGAAGUUUGAACAUAGGGACACAGUUGAUGGGUCCUGAUGGGAGAGCCAUGAGAUACAGAGUAGCGCACGUAAAAUGUAAUUUCUGGAUUGC